AAAAUGCUCGCCUCCAAGAUCGUCCAAAGAACAACCAGCAAGAUUUCUUGUUCCGCAAUCAAGAAGAAUGACUCUGUUCGUUGUUUCUCAUCAUCAUCUAUCAUGAAUGCCGAAGCUAAAAAGACACUCUUGUAUGAUUUCCAUGCUAAACAUGAGGCUACUUUUGUUGAUUUUGCCGGAUACAAGAUGCCUGUGAUGUAUCAAUUAAGUAAAUUUAAAGAUGCCUUGAAGAGAGAACAUAUGCAAUGCAGAAAUUCUGCAGCUUUGUUUGAUGUUUCUCACAUGGGUCAAGUUAAAGUUUCUGGUGCUGAUGCUCAAGAAUUCCUUGAAAAGGUCACACCUGCAAAUAUUAUUCAAUUGAAGAUUAAUCAAGCUCGUCUUACACAAUUCACCAAUGAAAAUGGUGGUAUUUUGGAUGAUUUGAUGAUCACAAAGAAAUCCGAAUCUAAUGGAGUUUUUGAUUUUUAUGUUGUUAUCAAUGCUGCUUGUGUUGAUAGUGACAUGGCUCAUUUGGCUACUCAAGUUUCCACUUUGAAGUGUGAUAGAACUGGAAAGUCAUUCAAGGAAUCUGAUUUAAAGAUUGAAAUGAUUAAUGGUAAGAGUUUAAUUGCUCUCCAAGGUCCAAAGGCAGUUGAAGCCUUGUUGCCACUUUUGGAAAAUGAUACUGCCAGAGAAAGAGUUAAAUCAUUGAAAUUCAUGACUUGCUCUGAUGAAGUUAUUGUUUUACCAGGUGGUGAAAAGACCUCUGUUCAAGUUUCUAGAUGUGGUUAUACUGGUGAAGACGGUUUUGAAAUUUCAGUUCCAGAUCAAUCAGUUGUUGCCAUGUCAGGUGCCUUGUUGCAAGUUGGUGGUGCUGAACCAUUGGUUGGUUUGGCUGGUUUGGGUUGCAGAGAUACUUUGCGUCUUGAAGCUGGUUUGUGUUUGAUGGGUCACGAUAUGACUCCAAAGAUUACACCAAUUGAAGCUGCUUUGAAUUUCACAAUUGCUAAGCGUCGUCGUGAAGAAGGUGGUUUCCCAGGUCAUCAUGUUGUCAAGAAGAAUUUGGAAGAAGGUGUUCAACAAUUGAGAGUUGGUUUCUCAUAUGGUCAAGAAUUAGUUGGUUCUGGUAAGCCAGCUGUUAUUGCUCGUGAAGGUUAUAAAUUCAAGGAUUUGAAGACUGGUGAAGAAAUUGGUUAUGUGACCAGUGGUACUUUGUCACCAUGUUUGGGUCAUCCAAUUGGUAUGGGUUAUAUUAAGAGUGAAUUUGCUAAGGAAGGUACUGAAUUUGGUAUUCAAAUCAGAAACACUUUGCAAGUUGCCAAGAUUACCAAGAUGCCAUUCGUUCCAACCAGAUAUGCUAAAUAAAUUUACAAUCCAAUUUUG